CAGGCGGCGGCUGAAUGAACCAGACGGGAGGAAGUGGCGGUUGAUGCAGCUCCACACCUUUCCGGUGAAGCAGCUCUGCGACCAACUCGAUUCAAAGGAGAAAGACGAGAGCUGGGGAAAAUUAUCGAGAGAGGAGGGGGAAUCACAAGGGGGACAAGACGUGGAGUUUCGUGAGUGAAUAAAUGUGUUGCUGAGUCACUGAGGAUUUUGUCGAAGACCCCCCCCUCCUCCCCGGAGCGGAGAAGUUGACCAGCGCGACGCUUGAUGGAAUAGUUGCGGAAAAAUUGCUUUUCUCCUCCGGUGGUGCUGAAAAGAACAAGGGCGCACCCGGCUAGGAGGACCGCCAGACACAACCAUCAAGAGGAAUUCACAAGUACCGCAGGCUUUUCAGGGCCUUAUGUGGUGUUUCGCCAGACACGCCGCUUCUUCCUCCUGCAAUUUGUAAUCGUCGCGGCCUCUGUUUUAAAUGCAAUUUCACAUUGAUCUGGGCAACACAAUGAACCUUCUGCAACAGCUGCUACGAAGUUGUUAGGGUGACGGUAAUCGUGCCAUGCUCUGUACAGGCCCUGCAAACAUUGUGGUACUCUGAACAUGAAUGCCCCUGCACCUCAUAGGAUCCUUUAGCACAGACUCACCAGUAACGACCCUCAGUACAGUUUUCAGGCUUCACAUUUCUAAAAAAAACAUUCACAUGUUUGUCACUGAGCCAUGUUCUCCCAAGUAAGCCUGUAAUCAAGCAAACGAUAAUCCACGUGAAGAGAGGCGUUAGUGCGGCACCCCGCAGUUUUUCUCGUUGGGAGUGAAUAUUUAUGCACAGAGGUCAAAAUGGGGAAAAUGCUCUCAAAAAUAUUUGGCAACAAGGAGAUGAGAAUAUUGAUGCUUGGACUUGAUGCUGCUGGCAAGACAACAAUUCUUUACAAACUGAAACUCGGACAGUCGGUCACCACAAUCCCCACAGUUGGCUUCAAUGUCGAGACUGUCACUUACAAAAAUGUCAAGUUCAACGUCUGGGAUGUUGGCGGCCAGGAUAAGAUUCGUCCUCUGUGGCGACACUACUAUACAGGCACUCAAGGGUUAAUUUUCGUUGUGGAUUGCGCGGACAGAGAUCGCAUCGAUGAGGCAAGGCAGGAACUUCACCGCAUCAUCAAUGACCGGGAGAUGAGGGAUGCCAUCAUCUUGAUAUUCGCCAAUAAGCAAGACCUCCCGGAUGCUAUGAAGCCACAUGAAAUCCAGGAGAAGCUCGGAUUGACCCGCAUCAGAGAUAGGAAUUGGUAUGUUCAACCCUCCUGUGCGACUACAGGUGAUGGACUAUAUGAGGGAUUGACAUGGCUAACCUCAAAUUACAAAUCUUAAUGAUUGAGUGCUGACUGUUUUAGGUCAAAACUAUAAUAAAGUUGCAAGUAACAAAUAACUUCUCGAAUGAGUAUGGUUAAGAAAAAGUUGAUUAUCUUCCAUUUAUUUUUAAUACUAUGUUUACCCCAUGACUAAUUUAUCUUUAAGUGGGUUUGCUGGCUUAAAGUUUGCUUGUACUCUGUAGCAGGCCUAUUAUCACAUUCAUUAUUUUGGGGCUUGCUUGAUGAAUACGGAAUUAAUUGGUCCUAAUGUUAAAGCCACAGAUCACCGCUUUUGCCUAUUCCUUUUCCUGUUUUAUAUAUUUUUUUCUAAUGAAGCUGGAGUUUUUAUCUUUUCAUUCUGGACUAAAGUUAGUUUCAUGGUUCUUAGGUCUGGGUUGCUGAUGAACAUGGGUUGUUUUUCUUUUUUUCCCCCACAAAGGUGAGACCUUUUAUGUCAAGUAGCCUACUCUGAGGGACUUUCACACUUGUUUUAAUACAGUACUGUGAUUUUAAAAAAAAGUAUUUCUUCUCAAUGGUAUUGACAGCUGCAGGAAAUAAGGAAAGCGUUCAUCUUUGCUUACAUUUCAUUGUCAGCGUUCUUGAAAUCAGAGAAAAUAUGACUUGAGACAUGUUUUGUUACCCACCCCCUGGAUCCCCUUAUGUGGGCUAUAUAGUUAAUUGAUUGACCUUUUUGUGUCAUGUCUUGAUACCUAAUUGUGCUGAAUAUUCAACAAAUAGGCCUCCAGUAACUCUUAAACAUGCUUGUCAGGAUGCAUCUUUAGUUAUGGGUAACAUUGAUAGUCAUGUAGUCAGUUGACUCAGUCUUUCCAAAGGAAUGUCAUUCAGCUCUGAGCUCUUCUCAAUCUGAUACCACAAUUGAUUAGUCUCAGUAUUGGGACAUUAUAUGAUAGCCUAUAUCUGUAGCAUGAGUACGGAAGUACAGUAACCCUACAUCAGAGUCCAUCUGUCGUGCAGUCAGAAGGAGUCACUUACCGGUGAGAUGUUGAAGACGCCUUUUGGUGCAGCUCCUACUCCUAUUUUGACUGGGGGAACCAUGUACAGAACAAUGUCAUUGUAAUGUCUUAUUAAAAAAGUGAUUUUAAAUCUGU